AUGUAUGACUAUUCCUUGUUUAGUAAGCAAACUGGAGAGUCCAUUGUAUACAUAGCAGUGUAUGUUGAUGAUAUUGUAGUUACAGGAACUGACACUGAGGAAAUUACAGACCUGAAAACAUUCUUGAACAAUAAUUUCAAAAUAAAAGAUUUGGGGAAACUACAUUAUUUCUUGGGUUUGGAAAUCCUCUACAAAGAUGAUGGUGUCAUAGUCUCCCAAAGAAAAUUCACUCUUGACUUGUUAAAAGAGUAUCACUGUGCAGACUAUAGUAGUUUUAGUUCUCCAUUGGAUCCUACUAUGAAGCUCAAAGCCAAAGAAGGGAAAAAAUUAACAGAUCCUACUUACUAUAGGAAGCUGAUAGGAAAGUUCAAUUUCCUCACCAACACUAGAUUGGACAUAGCUUAUAGUGUGCAACACUUAAGCCAGUUCAUGGAUGAUCCCAGGAAACUACACUUGACAGCAGCUUUUUAUCUACUUAGAUACCUGAAGAAGGAUCCCACCUUAGGCAUUUUCUUAUCUAAAGAUCAAGAUUACACAAUCAAGGCAUAUUGUGACUCAGAUUGGGCAGCAUGCCCAGAUUCCAGAAAAUCUGUAACUGGCUACCUUGUGUUGAUGGGAAACAGUCCAAUAAGUUGGAAAUCAAAGAAACAAGACACUAUCUCCCUCUCCUCAGCAGAAGCAGAGUAUAGAGCCUUAAGAAAGGUAGUGGGAGAAUUGGUAUGGCUCAGUCGAUUGUUUGAAGAACUUUCAGUACCAUCUCCCAAGCCAAUUGCUGUGUUUUGUGACAGCCAAUCAGCUAUACACAUAGCCAGGAACCCUGUAUUUCAUGAGAGAACUAAACAUAUAGAAGUUGACUGUCACUUUGUACGACAUAAGCUGCAGGAAGGGCUGAUCUCAUUACAUCAUGUGGGAACAACAAAUCAACUAGUUGAUGUUCUAACAAAGGCACUGACAGGAGUUCGACAUUCAGCUGCUCUACACAAGUUGGCAGUGUUUUCCACACCACCAACUUGA